AUGACGUCAACGUUAUCGACUGAGCUGGACUCCGUGGGGACGCCGCCUCCUGUAGCGCUCACUGCACAUGAGGGUCUCGAGGGGAGCAUAACGAGGGCGCCCCCUGUCGGACUGCAACGUCUUGCGCGCUUGUCCCUUAACUCCCGCUGGGUGAACCUGACGCAUAUUUCCCAUAUGGACCCUGGCGACAUUAACAUUCGGGUGGAUGCAACGACCGCCGUGUCGAAAGCCGCGCUUGAUACGGCCACAAAGAUAAUACACCUUAUGACCAUGAGUAUGCCGCCGCCUAUAUUCACUCGCCUUGCGACCGGUCCCGUCACCGUCGGCGUGUUCACGGCCGCUGAGACGCUGACGGUGUAUCCAUCCUACUACCCCAACUCCAACCCGCCGGAAUGCUGUCAAGAGGACUAUAACUGUUGUGGGGGCAGCUGUGCCCGCUCAUGCACGUUUGACGGACGGAAGUGGAUCAAUGUGGCGGGCGCGGGUGGUCAGCGAACGGCGGUACUUGACGUCAAUGUACUGUGCACUGCCGCGGAUCCGUACCGGGGUUCACUUAACGUACUCGUGCACGAGUUUGCGCACACUGUGCACGAGUACGGCUUGGAUACAGGCAUGAAGAAAAGGCUGUUGUCAGCUUAUACAGCCGUCAGAAAUCGUCGGCUCUGGAACGACACGUACGCGAUGGCAAACGCCAUGGAGUAUUUCGCCGUCGGCACCUCCGUUUUCUUCAACUCCGACCAUCGGAUAGAGAACUUAAACGGACCUCACAUAAGAUGCGUUUCAACGUCCUGUAGCACGGGGAACGCAGGAAAGGCACUACUCCGCAACCGUGACGUCACACUGUAUGACAUCAUCAACGAGGUGUUCGCAGAUAACAAUAGCAACGAUAUCAACAUUGGAACCUGCACCAAAUAG